AUGGCGCCUACAAUCAAGAACGUUGCCCUCGCCGGUGCCGGCGGCAACCUUGGACCCGCCCUCCUGAAGGGACUCAUGGCCUCCAACAAGUUCAACAUCACGGUCCUGACCCGCAAAGCCGGAUCCCAAAAGUUUCCGCCGGGCGUCACAGUCAAGGAAGUCGACUACGACUCCCUCGACUCCCUAACCCAGGCACUUAAGGGCCAUGACGCCCUCGUCAACUCCACCAACAGCUUCGACCCCAAGGUCGCGACCCGCGUCGUCGACGCCGCCGUCGCCGCCGGUAUCUACCGUUACAUCCCGCCCGACUUUGGCCUCGACCCGGUGCGCUGCCACGUUCCCAGCCUCCCCGUCUUCGGCAUCAAGGGCUUGACGUGGCAGCAUAUGAAGCAAAAGGCCGCUGAAAACGACGGCAAGUUCACUUGGACCAUCAUCACUAACGGCCCCUUCCUCGACUGGAGCCUCCGCACCGGCUUCAUGGGCGUCGACUUUAAGAACAAGAAGCUCUCCCUCUACAACGACGGCGAGAACGCCAUCCCGUACACGCUGCUCGCCGAUGUCGCCAAGGCCGUUGUCGGCACGCUGCUGCACGCCGACGAGACGGUGAACCGGAUCGCGUACGUCCACUCCACCGUCAAGUCGCAGAAGCAGAUGGGCGCUCUCGCCCAGGAGGCCGUGGGCGGGCCCUGGGAGACCACCACCGUCGACGUCGACGCCAUCUAUGCCAACUGCAUAGCAUCCAUCGACAAGGGCAUCAUGACCCCUGAUGUCAUGUACCCGCAGCUCCUGUACGCCUGCUCCAAGAAGGAGUUUGCUCAGCCGUGGAGCAGGAGCGACAAUGCGCUGUUUGGCAUCAAGGAGCUGAGCGACGAUGAACUAAAGGAGGUUUGCAAACAAAUCUCUCUGGAGUAA